UAAAGAAACGGGAAGUUCGUGAUUCACGCGAGGUCCAAUUGUUGCAACUUUAUUCUUUCAACAAGACACGAGUUCGCGUGCACCGUUGGAACACAGUUUGUGUUGUCAAAUUGUUAGUGUACAAGUGAGUCCUGUUCACCACCGGUGUCGGUGUUUUAUCUCCUGGUCAUGGGGUCUCUGUUCCGCAGUGAAGAAGUCUGUCUGAUACAGCUCUUCCUCCAAUCAGGAUCGGCUUACAACUGUGUCAGUGAACUGGGAGAACUGGGAAUAGUGGAGUUCAGAGAUUUGAAUCCAAAUGUGAACGCGUUCCAAAGGAAGUUUGUGAGUGAAGUAAGGAGAUGUGAAGAGUUGGAGAAAACAUUUGUAUUUUUGGAGCAGGAGAUUGUUCGCUGUCUCUCCCAGAAGCUGCAACCCCCAAUUCCCACCCCUCCUGCCCCCCAGCCCAGAGAACUCCUCACCAUCGAGGAGGAGAGUGAGCGCUUGGCCCGUGAACUCAGGGAGGUGUCCAGGAACAGAGACAGCCUCCGAUCUCAGUAUACUCAGCUGUGUCAGUACAGAGGAGUUUUAAAACAGACACAUUCACUCACGGCAUCACAGGCCCCGCUGGUCUCAUUUGACCCUGUGGGUCUGGUAGAGAAUAGGCAGGAUGUCAGGCUGAGCUUUGUGGCCGGUGUGGUUCACCCGUGGAAAGUGCCCGCCUUCGAGAGGCUGUUGUGGCGAGCCUGUCGUGGUUACAUCAUCGUGGACUUUCAUGAGAUGGAAGAGAAACUUGAACAUCCUGAUUCUGGGGAAGAGGUACAGUGGACCGUGUUUUUAAUUUCGUUCUGGGGAGAUCAAAUUGGCCAGAAAGUGAAGAAGAUCUGUGAUUGCUUCCACACACAAACGUUUCCUUACCCUGAGAACCAGACAGAGAGAGAGGAGACUCUGAAUGGACUUAGAGGACGAAUCGAGGACAUCAAAUCAGUGAUGGGUGAGACGGAGCAGUACAUGCAGCAGUUGCUGGUUCGAGCACUGGCUCGUCUACCCGAGUGGCGUGUGCAGGUUCAGAAAUGUAAGGCUGUGCAGAUGGUGCUGAACCUCUGCAGCCCGUCCGUCACUGAUAAAUGUCUGAUCGCAGAAGCCUGGUGCCCCAUUAGCCAGCUGCCCGCCCUGCAGAGCGCCCUGCGAGAAGGAGGGAGGAAGGGUGGCAGUAGUGUGGAUUCAUUCUACAACCGUUUGCCGGCCACUACCUCUCCCCCCACACUGUUCCCCACCAACGCCUUCACUGCAGGAUUCCAGAACAUUGUGGAUGCUUAUGGAGUAGCGAGCUAUAGAGAGGUUAACCCAGCUGUGUACACCAUCAUCACAUUUCCCUUCCUGUUUGCUGUCAUGUUUGGAGAUGUUGGGCAUGGCCUUCUGAUGACACUAGCAGCACUCUGGAUGGUUCUGGAGGAGAAAGACCCAAAACUGAGAAACAGUACCAAUGAGAUCUGGCGUAUGAUGUUUGGAGGUCGAUAUCUGAUUCUGCUGAUGGGGUUGUUUUCGAUCUAUACUGGUGCCGUUUACAAUGAGUGUUUCAGUAGAGGCCUCAGCACCUUCUCUUCCGGAUGGCACGUCCAGCCCAAUGCAGAGUACUACAACUGGACUGAGGAGACGUUCAGAAGCAAUCAGUAUCUCUCGCUGGAUCCCAACAUCACAGGCGUUUUCACUGGGCCAUAUCCUUUCGGUAUUGAUCCUAUUUGGGGUCUGGCCAAUAAUCACCUGACGUUCCUCAAUAGCUAUAAGAUGAAGAUGUCUGUCAUUAUCGGGGUCAUUCACAUGACCUUUGGUGUGUGUUUGUCCUUGUUCAACUACAUUCACUUUGGAGAGAUCAGUAGUAUAUUUCUGGUGCUGAUCCCAGAGCUGUGCUUCAUGCUGUGUCUGUUUGGAUACCUGGUCUUCAUGGUGAUCUAUAAGUGGGUGGUGUACGGCCCUCUGACCUCUGAUUCCGCCCCCAGCAUCCUCAUCCACUUCAUAGACAUGUUCCUGUUUACUGUGAACAAGGACAACAAACCACUCUAUGAGGGCCAGAUGACAGUGCAGAAGAUUCUUGUGAUUGUGGCUUUGUUGUCUGUUCCUGUGCUGCUCCUGGGGAAACCAAUCCAAGAAUACAUCACGUACAGGAAGAAGAAAGCUCAGCUUACAGGAGACCGGCGUCCUCUGCUUGCAGAAAAUGGCUCUAUAAACUCUCUCCAGGGUGAGGUGGAAUCAAGAGGAGAAGGAGAAGAGGAGGAGUUUGAUGCAUCGAAUGUGUUCAUGCACCAGGCCAUUCACACUAUAGAGUACUGUCUGGGUUGCAUCUCUAACACGGCCUCGUACCUGCGGCUCUGGGCUCUCAGCCUGGCUCACGCCCAGUUGUCUGAGGUGCUCUGGCUGAUGGUAAUGCGGAUAUCGUUCCAGCAGCACAGUUAUGUGGGGAGUGUCAUCAUGGUUGUUAUAUUUGCCGCGUUCGCUGUGCUUACCAUAUCUAUCCUGCUCGUCAUGGAAGGCCUGUCCGCUUUCCUGCACGCUCUUCGACUUCACUGGGUGGAGUUUCAGAAUAAGUUCUACAGUGGAUCAGGCUACAAGCUCAGUCCAUUCGCAUUCUCGUCUAUAAUCAGUGCCUCCUCUCUCAAUUGACACAAAUUAACUCUAACAUUCCUAAGAUUUCAAAAAAUUAUAGAAUUAUUUUGCUGACAGGGCACACACAAACACACUCACAUUUUAACAUGUAUCCUUUGUUUUAGCAUCUUUGUUUUCUUUUUACUGUUUUGCUUGACUGCCACUAUGCAAAAAGCUGGACCUGAGAAGUGAAAGGGACAUUUUAGAUCUUUGGUAUGAAUCCACAACCAUAAAUUUGUCACUUUGAAACUGUAAUGUCUGAGUACAUGGCUAACACAUGAGGUAAAGGUAAAAGACUUUUAGUUUAAUGAACAGUCAUUUUAAUUAGACCCACAUGGAAUCAAAAGUUAUUUUAACUCCCCUAAUGUGGACAUGCUCUGUAAUCAGGUCUGCAUGAUGAGUGUACUUUUAUUAUGAUAAUGUCAGUACACUGUAUCUGUCUAAUUAGAGUUUAACACCUUAAAGGAAUAUUCCGGGUUCAGCAGAAGUUUAGCUCAGUUGACGGCAUUUCUGGCAUUAUAUUGAUUGCCACAAAAGAUAUUUUUGGCUCGUCCCUUGUUUUUAAAAAAUACAGCAAAAAUCGUGGUUACACUAUGGCACUUUACAAUGGAAGUGAAUGGGGCAAGUCUAUAAUUAUUAAAAUGCAUACCAUUUCAAAAGUGUAGUCACAAGAUGUAAACAUUAUACUUGUUAACAUGAUUGUAGUGUGAUUACUUACCAAUCUUAUGUGUGUAAAGUUAUAUCUAGUUUUACAACUUCAUUGCUAUGACGAUGUAAUGCCAUUAACACUACAAGUGAUUUUUAUCACACAAAAAUGACGUAGAACAGAUUUUCACACUAAAAUCAUGUUAACAUGUGUAAUGUUUUUUAAUUUUUAUAUACUGGCCCCAUGCACUUCCAUUGUAAGUGCCUCACUGUAACUGCCAUUUUUAAACAAUCAAUGGGCGAUUUGAAAGUAUUUUCUGUCUGUUGAGCUGAACUUAUAUUGAACGAAUAUUCCUUUAAGUACAAACAGUUUAUUAUGAAAAUAUGAAAUAAUUUAGCAAUACUGAGUUUAUCAUGUAAGAAUGUGUUUGUAUAAUGUACAUUCCUUAUCCUAAAGAAAGGAGAACUCCUAAAAUAAAGUACAAUUGUCUUUGAAAGAACUAACUAAAUAAGAUGUAUUCGUUCAAUAUUUAACUCGUUAGCUCAGUUAUUCAGUGUGAUAAUCACCAUCUUGAUUUAAGGCGUGAUUUAAAUCGAUUGACCUUUCAUCGAGGUGCUCUUUUAUUAUUGCUUUUCUGUUAUGAUGAAAUUUUGUUUUAUUUUUUUAAGCUGAAUCACAGUGCUGCUGCUUGUAAAGACUUGUGGAACUCCCAACUAUAUCAAUAAAAUAAGACCAAAUGUAAAUCCAAAGUCUCAAUACAGAAGGUGUGGUUUUUGACAUAUCUUCUUUACAAACGUUCAGUGAUGUUCUUAAAAUGUGAAUCACUCUUUUUGAGGUCAUGCCAAAAUAUCUGUCAGGUUGAGGUCAGCACUUUGACUUGACUUUUUCUGUUGAGGAUUUACUCCUACUGAGGCUUUUGAUUUUCUCUAAAGCAUCUGUCUGGUAGCUGUGAACAAAUCUUUUAAAUGAAUGACUCUUUCUCGUUCACUUCCAUAAACUGACUCUGAAUAUCUCCGCAGAUUUGCUAUCUGCUGACCUACAGAACGAGCAUGUCGUUCACAACAAGAAAAGAAAGGGCCACAUUUUUUAGCAAGGUGAAGAAUAUGUGGAUGUUAGUACAGGAUGUGCUACCCGACUUCCCAGCAAUGCACCGGAGCAUGAAUAAAUUAUGCAAAUUACUAAGUACUAUUAAUUUUUGCCCUUUUUGCCUGUUUUAUUUAUACUGCUGUUGUAUUUUUUUGUCACUUUCACUUAUUUGGCAUAUAGGGAUUAUUGAGGGCUAAUAUACUUGUUUCUUUUGGUUGACACUGUUAUUGUGUUUUGUGGGUUAAAUAUUGAGGUCAGUGUGUCUGUAGAAAAGAUAAAUGAUCAAUUUAAUUAAUAAAACUUUAGAGGCUGCCUUUACAUCAUGAUGCAUCAAAAUUAACCAUGAUGUUUUAUCCUUAACCUCACUCAUUACACCAACCUUGCUCGUGCCUGCCCAGAUAUCUGUGGCUUCCCUUAUUAAGACGUCAUAAUUGUUCACUUGUAAUUACAAAUUGAAUAAAAAUAUUUUUACGCAGA